ACCACCCUCGCCCAUGCGCAGAGCUGUGGGUGCGCAGAGGACCUUUGUUGCAGCAAGUACGGCUACCGCGCCACCGAAGACCUCUCCUACGACGACGGCUGUCAGUCAGAGUCUUGUUAUAGACUGACUUCAUCUGGCAGAGUCUCUGUGGAGGAUGUUGUGACAAAGGAGUUCUUCGAUAGCAUUAUUGACCAAGCAGCCUCCAGUUGCGAAGGGAAAGAAUUUUACACCCGAGAGGCAUUUCUCUAUGCGGUUUAUGAUUACUCUAGCUUUGGUCAGGAAGGUACUGAGGAUGACUCUAAGCGAGAGAUCGCUGCUUUCUUUGCCCACGUCACUCACGAGACCAAUUAUUUUUGCUACAUAGAAGAGCAGGAAAAAUCAUUGUCUUACUGUGACACGAGCUACCUGCAAUAUCCAUGCGUGUCGGGUAAGAAGUACUAUGGUCGCGGUCCACUUCAAAUCUCUUGGAACUACAACUACGGCCGUGCUGGUGAUGAUAUUGGUUUUGACGGUCUCAACUUUCCUGAGAUCGUCUCCCUUGAAGACAUCAUUUCCUUCAAGACGGCUCUCUGGUUUUGGAUGAAUAAUGUCCAUAGUGUUGUCAACCAGGGCUUUGGUGCAACAAUACGUGCCAUAAAUAGCAUUGAGUGUGAUGGUGGCAACACUCCGGCGAUGAAUGAUCGUGUUGAAAUCUACAACGACUAUUGCAACCAAUUCGGUGUCUCUCUAGGAGAUAAUCUUACUUGCUAAUUGUAUAUGUAUUAUGUUGUAAGUUUUCUUAUCUUGAAUAAUGGAAUAAGCAGGGAAGCAUG